AUGAAAUCUGCACAAUCACUCACCCUCUCCAUCCUCCUCCUAGCCUUCACCACCAACCUUCCAUUAAUCUUCUCUGAGGCUCCUGAAGAGAUCAAAGACUCAAAGGGAGUGCCAAUUUCUCCUUCUGGCAAAUACUACAUUUUGCAGUUUAAUGGUGGCCCAACAAGUGGUGGAGGACUGUUUCUAGCUUCAAAUGGAAACUCAACAUGCCAAGUCACUGUUAUGCAAGAUUAUUACGAGGGUGACCAUGGCGUGGCAGUGAAGUUCAGCACAGCAGGGAGAAGCUCAGGUGCCAUCUUCUCAGGCACACAGUUAGAUAUUGCGUGUGAUCAUCGUCCUUCCUGCGCUUCAUCAUCCAAAUGGGUGGUGGUUUCUGAUGAUUUUCCUGGAAAAUGGCUGGGGAUUGGUGGUGCAGGAGAUCAUCCAGGGAAGAAGGUCAUAACUGGAACAUUCAACAUUCAGAAAUACAAUGGGGGUUAUAAGUUUGUGUUCUGUCUCAGCACCAGCACUUGCUAUGACAUUGCGACAAAGGAUGAUGGUGAAACUGGAAGGCGUCUCUACUCAUUUCCAACAACUUUCUCUAGGGUUCCUGAACAAGUGUUAGAUUCACAAAGUAGUUCAACUUCUUCUGCUGAGAAAUACUACAUUUUGCCAUUUUAUUCUGGUCCAACUGGUGGUGGAGUAGCAGCAGGUAAAACUGGCAACUCAACAUGCGAUGCUACUGUUCUUCAAACUAGUGAUGAGUCUAACCGUGGCCAUGCAGUGAAAUGCAGCAGAGGUGGAAGAAAAGGUGGCAUCUUCACAGGAACACCAUUAGAUAUUGAAUUUGUGGAUAAGCCUUCUUGUGCUUCAUCAUCCAAGUGGGUGGUGGUUUCUGAUAAUUUCCCAGAAAAAUGGGUAGGUAUUGGUGGUGCUAGAGACUAUCCAGGGAAGAAGAUCAGACAUGGAACUUUCAACAUUCAGAAAUUUGAUGCUGGCUAUAAGCUUGUGUUCUGUGCCACCACCAGAACUUGUUAUGACAUUGGAAGGCAUGAUGAUGAGAAUGGAAGACGUCUUGUCUUAACCAAUAAACCCUUUGAGUUUGCGUCCUACUAUGCCCCCACAAGAGACUAUGAUUGA